AACACACAAUGGAGAAGGUAUUUGGGCUGAGCCACCUCUUCAUGACGGUGUUCCUCCACUGCUUCGCAAACUUCAUGGUGGCUCCGGCCAUCACUGACGUCACCAUGGCGGCGCUUUGCCCCGGAGAAGACGAAUGCUCCUUGGCCAUAUAUCUCACCGGAGCUCAACAAGCGGUAACUGGACUGGGGUCACUCAUGAUAAUGCCUUUGGUUGGGAAUCUCUCCGACAUUUAUGGAAGAAAAUGAUUCUGGCGUAUGGCAGGACAAGAUAUUACUUCUAUGCUUAUUAUGUGCUGAAAACUCUGUUUUCAAUGGCUACUGAAGGCAGUGUCCACUUUCUUGCUCUUGCUUAUGUGGCCGAUAAUGUCCCAGAAAGCCGAAGGGCUGCAGUUUUCGGCAUCAUGUCCGGCUUCGCUUCUUCCUCCUUCGUCCUUGGAAACUUAUCCACUCGAUUUCUCUCCACUUCAGCCGUUUUCCAAGUUGCUGCUGCGAUGUCCAUCGUUGCAUUGGUCUACAUGAGAGUCUUUCUUCAAGAGUCCAUCGCCAGCAGCGUCUCUUCUUGCAAGAGCUCAGAAACCGAGUGCCUUCUCGAGAAAUCUCCCUCCAAAAAAUGGAACAUUUUCAAGACUCUUCCAUCUCUAAAUGAAUCCAUCUCCUUGUUGAAGACAAGCCCAACAUUUUCCAAAGCAGCUGCAGUUGCAUUCUUCAUCACAGUUGCAGAUGUUGGCCUCUUUUCUUCAUUGACAUACUAUUUGAAGGCUCAGUUCCACUUCAACCAAGAUCAAUUCGCCGAUCUUAUGAUUAUAGCCGGAAUUGCAGGAGUAGUAUCACAGCUCAUCAUCAUGCCUGUACUAACUCCACUCAUGGGAGAAGAAAAGAUGCUCUCGGUUGGACUGUUUUUUGCCUGCGCUCAUAUUGUACUUUACAGUAUCGCGUGGGCACCUUGGGUACCUUACGCUGCAGCAACGCUAUCACUUCUGGCUAGUUUUGCUCUUCCAUGUCUGCGUAGUAUCGCAUCCAAACAAACCGGACCGAAUGAACAGGGUAAGGUUCAAGGCUGCAUAACAGGGAUCGGCUCCUUCGCCAACAUCGUCUCGCCUCUUGCUUUCAGCCCUCUAACAGCUCUGUUUUUAUCAGACAAUGCGCCGUUCCACUUCCCCGGAUUCAGCAUUAUGUGCUCUGGCUUGGUUGCUAUGAUUGCGUUCGUGCAUAGCACAACAAUAAGGCCGCCCCCGACACCUUCCAAGAGCGAUAUUUGCAGCUCCAGCACCGCGGACCCUUUAGUUUGAGCCGCGCGCGAUUGUGUCUUGGUAUUCAUUAGUGCUUAUCCUGUUUAUAGUGAUCAGAAUCUAGCUAGGUAUGUUGAAAUUAGAAAUGUAUGAAAAUAGUUAUGAAUGUAUAUGUUAUCAAACAUCAUAUGGGAAAAUAUAUUUUUUCUGAUUCA